GGUUCGGUAUACAAAGGCCAUAUUCUCUCCGCCCGAGAUUCCUGCUUGAACAUCGACGGAGUGAGAGCUCGUCAGCUGGAAAAUUUCUCGGUUGAAGGUUGUCUGAGGCACAUUAACUACAAUGUUAAGGGUGGAUGCUUUUAUUUGCUUGGUUCAGAAGAAAUCCUUUAUAAAGCUUUAUACCUGCUUGUCAAGCCCCCAUGAAGUGGAUAAUAGGCAUAUGCUUCUGAGUACUUGGAAACGCAAGCAAAAUGGGUUCAAGAUUCUCGUGGCUUGUUCUGCUGGUCCUCAUCCAACUGCCAAUUCUUAUCUCUCCACAGGGACAAAUACUGAGAAAGAAAGCAGUGCUAUUGAUUGUGGCCUUGAAGAAUUUAGUUGGCCCUCUCCAAAUGAUGAAAUCCCAUUUUGGAAGAAGGAUUUUCCUUUAUGGGAUGUUAGCCAAGAAGUUUUUGAUGACACAGAGAAAGAUCCUGAUCUUAUGCACAUAAUUCAUGCCACAGCUGAAAUGGCACCAAUAGCAAAAGUUGGUGGGCUUGGAGAUGUUGUAACUGGUCUUGCCCGGGCCUGUUUAUUGCGUGGACAUAAAGUGGAUAUAAUGCUUCCUUUCUAUGAGUGCAUUCAGAAGCAGCAAAUUAAUGGAUUGGAGUUAAUGACAACAUAUAAUUCCUAUCACGAUGGACAAUGGGUCCCUACUAAUGCAUAUCGUGGGGUAGUUUCGGGUAUCCCAUUGAUAUUAAUUGAACCAUCCAACCAUUUCUUCAAGGGUCCUGCUGUAUAUGGAGGUUGUUACAAUGAACUGGAGGCAUAUCUGUUCUUUAGCCGUGCUUGCCUUGAGUGGAUGCAGGUUAAGUUGAUUACAUCUAUCUUCUCUUGACCUCUUUAAUUAUUA